AUGUCUUCUCGCUCAUUUUCCACAUUCGAGGGUCACGCGACACCGAUGCAAUCGCCAAAACCCUCUACCAGAACUGUCACUCAGCGCAGAGUCUACGGCAAGCGAAGGAACAAUGCCGCCAGAGCCGUGUUCGGAGAAAAGAGUCCCGUCAAGGAGACCUCCUUACCACUCACAAAAUCAGACAAUACUAUCGACGCUUUACAAGUAAAGCUGGCUGAAGUGACCAUUCGAGAUCAACCCGUGUCUGCAUCAGAAAUUGACAGCGCUGCGGCAGACAGUGAGACGGAAGAGGGAGAUGCUACUGUUGAAUCCUCAAGCCCCGCUGCCUCCCAACAAUCCGACUCGACUCCGCAAACCUCGCCCGGAGAGCCACCCGAAGAAUUUCUCGAGAAGCCGAAGCCCUAUGCAACCUUGGUGGAGGUCAGAAUAAGCACCAGAACCCACCAACGCACACCGCCAAAAGCCCAAGAGCAAUCGAGCAUUCCUUUAACGGAAAGAAGGGCCCCGCGACAAAAGAUCCCCAUCGGUCGGCGCUCAUCUGGUGUCGUCCACGACACCAAAGCCAACACAUACGUUCGCCCGAUUCUCGACGAAGCAGUGUCCGCCCUCGCCUCACAAAAUAUUCAAAAAUUCAGCACAUGGGCAUCUCGAUCUGCGACUAUGUUCCAUGUGGCGAAGUUAGCAGAGGGUUCAUACGGCGAGGUAUAUAAGCUGCACCUGCGCGAAGAAAACAGUCGGCCCGCAGUCUCCAAGUCUAAAUUAGCCAAACUGCAAGCCUACGGUGACGGAGUAUUCAAAGUUGUCCCACUAAGAGCGCAAAGUGGUCCGGGUUCGAAGAAAUUUACCACCAUAGACGAAAUCGUGUCCGAAGUCAGGAUGCUCAAAUAUCUGGAUCCAAUUCCUGGAUUUGCACGGUUCAGAGAGAUCCAUGUGGUACAAGGUCGCUUUCCGGAGACUUUCCAGAGCGCCUGGGACCACUACAAGAAGACCAAGGAUGAUUGCAUGAACCCGAAUCCGUCGAGCAAGAAAGCAUAUCCUGAUACCCAGCUAUGGGCUAUCGUGGAGAUGGAUGAUGCGGGAUGUGAGCUCGAAAAGUUUAGUUGGGCAUCAACCUUCCAGAUCUACGAUAUCUUCUGGGGGGUGGCUAUGGCGUUGGCACGUGCCGAGGAGUAUGCUCUAUUUGAGCAUCGCGAUCUUCAUUUGGGCAAUGUCUGCAUUCGGUCAACUCGACCGAACGGCUCGAUGGAGCCUCCUACUGAACUGGAGGUGUCGCGCCUUCAAUCGUCUAGUGGGUUUGGCUUUAGCUCCAUAGAGACAACCAUCAUCGACUAUUCUCUUUCACGCGCUAAUCUUCGGCUUGCUGAUUUGCCUGACGAUCCUGAGGGGGUGAUUGAGAUUGCGUCAUCGGAUCUAGACAAGAAGCAAAUCUUCGAUGCCGUGGGUCGCGAUGAGGAUGAGAUCCUGUUGCGAAACACGUAUAGACAUAUGCGUGCGACAGUUUAUACUGGAGACCUUGCCGAGGUCGCGAAAACACCUGAUAUCAAAGGCAUCUGGGCCGAAUACGCCCCUCGAACGAACCUUGUCUGGCUCCUAUUCAUCUUGAAGAGCCUUCUCAAGAACAGGAAGCCUGAAUUAGCAGAGCCUAUCAUGCCAGCGCAGAGAAAAGCACUUGCACCCUGUUCGCCGAACAAGAAGAUGAUAGAAGGCGGGUCUGUGAAGAGCAAAUCGUUCAAAGAUCACGAUGCUGCGGGAUCUUUAGUAAAAGAGCGCCAAACAAAGGAUCUCUCCGUACGAGUCGCGAAGCUCAAAAAGACGUUGGAAGAUAGACUUUACUCUGUCCUCGAGCUUCUGGAUAUUGAGCACGGUCGUGAAGAUAUGUGCUGUGCGGCUGAUCUAGUCGCUUAUGCGAUGGAUUCACAGUGGCUGGCCGAGGAAGACUUUUUCUGA